CGCCCGUGAGACCCAGAGUACUUCAAGCACGGCACCGCGUGCCGCAGGCGACUUGCUUUCGCCCCGCGUCUGAACUCUGCCCCGCACUCGAGAGCCGCAGCACAUCUUGCAUGGUCCAUGUCUGCGCUUCCAGAGGCACUGCAGGAUGAGUUAGCGCUGCUGUUAGCCGACUUGGACGGGCUCCAGCGUACGCGCUACCUGUCCAUCGCCGCGACAUGCGUGUUAUUGUACGACUUCCUCCUGACCUUUGAUCAAGAGGUCGAGUAUUUCUGGAAGGCAGGACGCUGGUCUCUGUCCCGCGUACUCUUCUUCCUGAACCGCUAUUUCCCUCCCAUCGUAGUUGUCUCAUGCUUAUCCGGUCUUUUCAUCCCUAAUCUAUCCGUUGAAGUCUGCCUCGGCCUCGUACAUGCCAACUUCAUCCUCGCAGUCCUCGGACUUGCGAUGGUACAAGCGGUCAUCGUCCUGCGGAUCUGCUACGUCUACUCAAAGGACGCCAUCAUUCGCGCGUUCGUCGUCGGCUGCUUCGUCGCAUGCACCAUCAUCACGUUCGUUAUCUACGGCAAGAUCUGGCACGACGUUGACUCGUUCGCAAACCCGGUCCCAAGCCUGAAGAUUGACGGAUGCACCGCGCCGCCGUCGCGCCAGAUUUGGAAGAUGUUCCUGCCGAACCUGGGGCUGCACACCUUGCUGUAUCUCGCGACGACGAUUCCGAUGCUCCGGAUGCGGAGGGUAGGCAAGCAGUCCCGGAUGCUGAACCGGCUUGCGCGAGAUGGCGGAAUCUUCUACUUCAACAUCUUUGUAUGUCUGAAUGCAUCUAUUGCCGCGGCUUUCGCUAAUCGACGCCUUUUCAGUGUACUAUUGUGCAUAGCGGCCGUCUCGGUCUCACGUCUCAUGCUAAGCAUCCGUUCGCUUGCCGAGCAGCUGUCCGUCUCUCCAGACUGGCUGCUCAACAACACGGAGCUCAGCCGCGUGAACUGGAAGCCGGGAACCCGGAACGGCGAACUCAUUGUGGAGAUCGAGCCUCUCGAGGACGACGUCGAGAUGGCGAGCGUAGACGAACUGGGCGAGGAGAAGCGUACUGCGACCCCCGCGGUAUACACGACGCGCGUGGGCGUGCUGGAGCACCAGGUAUACCCUGGGACGCGCGACUACAAGGCACCACCACGGCCCAAGAAGUCGAAGGUUGCGUUCAAAGAUGGUGAGUGUUUCCGCUGGUGUAAAUCUGUGAGGAUAUUGACAUCAUUCUUAUCAGCGGAGAGGAUUUCAUACGAUGUUUGA